GCUCCUAUCGGUUGUCUGUUCACUCCCCUGAAGAGAAAAGAGGAUAUGCCACCUGCCAUGUACGAUCCUAUCCAUUGCAGCAAUCCUAAAUGCGGGGCUAUCCUGAAUCCUUUCUGCCAAGUAGACUUCGUUCAGAAGGCUUGGGUCUGUCCCUUCUGUCUCGUACGCAAUGUGUUCCCGCAGCACUACCAUGGAAUGUCGGAGAAUAAUAUGCCUAUGGAAUUGAUUCCUACGUUCAGUACGAUCGAAUACACGCUGCCGAGAGCUCCUCCCCACCCACCCGUAUUCAUAUUCGUGGUUGACACGUGUUUGGAGCCGGAAGACAUGCAGUCGCUUAAGGACUCUCUCAUCAUGUCCUUGGACUUGAUGCCAAGAGAUGCACUGGUGGGCUUGAUUUCAUUUGGUACCAAUGUGCAGGUACACGAGCUCGCACCUCAAGAUGGCUUCACGAGGGCGUACGUAUUCAGGGGCUCCAAGGACCACGAAACGAAAGAAAUCGAAACUCUACUUGGGCUUCACAACGCGCCUGUGCAGGGCAACCCACAAAACCCGCAACAGGCGCAACCUGCCACACCGAAAGUUGGAAGAUUUGUGCAGCCGUUAGAUAGCUGCGACUUUGUUCUCACGAGCAUAAUCGAGGAAUUGCAACCCGAUCCAUGGGCUGUUCCACAAGGACACAGACCUACGCGGUCAACUGGCGCUGCGAUGGCCGUGGCCGUUGGUAUUUUAGAGUCCAUGUACCCAAAUAUGGGCGCGAAGGUGCUCUCCUUUAUUGGGGGCGUAUGCACGGAGGGCCCGGGUCAGUGUGCCGCACCUCUACUAAGCGAGACCAUCAGAACACACACCGACAUCGAAAAGGACAAUUUGCCAUUUAUGCGGAAAGCGGUCAAAUACUACAAUUCGUUGGCAGCACGCACAGCGAAGAACGGUCAUGCGGUCGACAUUUACUCCUGUGCCCUAGAUCAGACGGGUCUGGCAGAGAUGAAAUCGCUUUGUAAUUUUACUGGCGGGCAUUUAGUCCUGGGAGAUUCGUUCACGUCAUCACUAUUUAAACAAACAUAUGCGAAGGUAUUCCAGAAGAAUAGCAAGGGAGAGUAUGAAAUGGCUUUCAAUGCUAGUAUGGAUGUGAAGUGCUCACCUCAAAUGAAAAUUUGUGGUGUGAUCGGCACCUGUAUAUCGAACGAACAGCAAGGCUCAUCGGUGUCUGAAAAUGAAAUCGGUAUUGGAGAAACGAGUUCUUGGAAAAUUUGUGGUCUUGAUCCGAUGACUACGAUGGCCCUGUUUUUCGAAGUCAGCAAUCCGCACACCCAACCUAUCCAGUCGCAAAGUGGUAUGGUCCAGAUCAUCACUUCCUACCAGGCUUGCAACGGAACUAAGAGAGUUCGUGUGACAACCACUGCCAGAACCUGGAUUGAUGUACAGCAGAAUCCACAGUACGUGGCAUCGGGUUUCGAUCAAGAAGCAACAACAGCCCUGAUGGCUAGAAUAGCUGUGUUCAGAGCUGAGAAUGAUGAAGGUGCUGAUAUCCUUCGGUGGCUAGAUCGUAUGCUGAUCAGAUUGUGUCAAAAGUUCGGAGAAUACAAUAAGGAUCAGCCUAUGUCCUUCCGCCUUUCUGAGCUGUUCUCCUUAUAUCCGCAAUUUAUGUUCCAUCUGCGAAGAUCACAAUUCUUGCUUGUAUUCAACAAUUCCCCGGAUGAGACUACGUACUACAGAAAUAAGCUCGUCAAAUCGGAUCUAAUGGACUCUCUGGUCAUGAUUCAGCCUUCGCUGAUCUCUUACUCGUUCAACGCCCCGCCCGCCCCUGUGAUGCUUGACUCGAGUUCUAUACAAAAGGAUCGAAUUCUUCUCCUCGAUUCGUUCUUCCACAUCCUAAUUUGGCACGGACAAACUAUCGCGGAAUGGCGUAAAGCUGGAUAUCAAGAGAAGCCUGAGUACGAAAGUUUCCGGUUACUCCUCGAAGAGCCGGUGAAAGAUGCCAAGGAAAUCAUUGGCGAAAGAUUUCCCGUUCCUCGUUUCAUCGAUACGGACGAGGGUGGCUCACAAGCUCGUUUCCUGCUCGCGAAGGUCAAUCCCUCCCAAACACACAACAAUGCAUUCGCUUACGGAGGAGACCCGUCCACAGCGCCUGUAAUCACAGACGACGUUUCGCUCCAAGUUUUCAUGGAGCAUCUCAAGAAACUAGCGGUGUCUACAUCCUCUUAGUUGCUGCACGUCAGUUCGAAUAAACCAGUACCGCCUCGUGAUGGCCGAUGGCGUAUUUUAAUUUCUCAAAGUAUUGAUAUUACAGGUAUGCAA